CUCUUCCAGACUUGAUGAUACUUUCUUUCUUCUCUUUGUUUGUCUUUUCGUCGAGUAGAUUUUAUUUUGGGUGUUGAACUGGGGCUGCUGCUUUUUUCAUGUGAUACCCUCCCACUGCGGCCACUCUAGAAUCGUUAUCGAUACCUAUCCUUUUAUUCCCCCCUACUGGACAUUUCACUCAAUCUCAACUCACUCAAUCUUUCAGCGGCAACAUCACCAUACAAAAAAGACCAAAAGGAGCCUUCACAAUGCCUCCCUCAAAUUAUUCUCGCCCUCCCCAGCGCGACUCCUGGUUCGCCCCGCUCUCCUUCGACCUCAUCCUCAAAGUCCUCAACAUCACCAUCUUCCACCCCUUCAUCUGCUGGCUCAUCCCGCUAUGCCUGCGCGCCCAGACGACCAAGUGGGAGGCGCCGCCCAUGGUUGCGGCCUUUGCCUGGGCCAUCUUCAUCUCCCUCUGCUGGAUCGCCAGCGCUGUCAACCAGUUCAUUGCGCACGGCCCGUCGCGUGAGGUGGACCUGAGCGAGGAGGUGAUUGUCGUGACCGGCGGCGCGAGCGGCCUGGGCAUGCUGAUUGCGGAGGUUUACGGCAUGAGAGGCGCGAGCGUGGCCGUGCUGGACAUUAACCAGAUGGAGCAUACUGAGGCGAGGGGCGUCACGUACUAUAAGUGCGAUGUGAGCGACAAGGCGCAGGUUGCCAAGGCUGCGGUCGAAAUUGAGAAGGAUCUCGGAACACCUACUGUGCUUAUCAACAACGCUGCCAUUGUUGUGGGAAAGCCUCUACUCGAUCUCUCCAUCGACGAGAUUGAGACAAGCAUCUCAACGAACCUCCUCGGCCCCUUUUACUGCCUCAAGACCUUCCUCCCGGCCAUCAUCCGCGGCGGCCGCGGCGGCACCAUCGUCAACGUCUCCUCUGUCAUCGGCCACCUGGGCGCCGCGCAACUGUCCGACUACGCCGCCGCAAAGGCCGGCAUCACGGCUCUUCACAAGUCCCUGACGGCCGAGCUGCGCGAAUCUCACCCCGACAUCCGCACCGUUCUCGUCACCCCGGGUCAGCUCAGCACGCCCCUCUUCUACGGUGUGCAGACGCCCAACAGCUUCUUCGCGCCUGUGGUGGAGCCGGUGGACGUGACCAAGGAGAUUGUGGCGGCGAUUGACGGCGGCAAGGGCGUUACUGCGGCGAUGCCCUUUUACGCGCGGUGGGUGGAUGUUUAUAACGUGCUGCCGGUGGGAGUGCAGCUUAUUGCGAGAAAGAUUGCUGGUGUGGAUAAGGGAAUGGAGACGUUUAUCGGCAGGAAGGGAUCUGCUGAGAAGAAGUAAGGAGGGUGAAUGAAGUAGAAGAUGGAGGAUAGAGAGAAAGGGCGCGGGCGUCUUUUUCUUUUCUUUUUUCUCUCAUCAUCUUAAGAUCAUGAUGAGUUGAUGGAUGUUUAGAGCUAUAAUAAUGAUCUACCGCUGUAUAGAUACUCUCUCCCCAAAAUUUUAAUACCAUUGAUCAAAACGCA